GCUGCUACCACUGGAUUGGACAAGCCUCCCGCAUGGCCUUCGGACUUGGCAUGCAUCGCGAUCUUGGGCCCAACUCUCGCAGCAUGAUGCCGGAUUUUGACAAGAGAGAGUAUCGCAAGUGCUGGUGGGCGGUAUUGCAAGCAGAAGCGUUCAUCAGCUUGGAGUUUGGACGACCGUGCAUGAUACGAUACGAAGACUACGAUCAACCUCCUCUCGUGGAAACGGAUUUCAACAGCUACAGCGGCUCGGCGGAUUUCAGCAUCCAGCAAGAUUUCUGUGCAAUCAUGUCGGAUCUGUCAGAGAUUGCUCUGCGAAUCGCAGCUUUACAUAGUCCCAGAAAUAUGCACGAGAAUCUGCCCAAUGUCGCCGCAGAUCUUGCGGCCGUCGAGUGGAGGCUACCAGUGGGACAUGAUAUCUGGUCCUGUCAGAUACGAAUCUACUACAGCUUCCUCAAACUGACGACUUAUCGCGCACGCAAUAGCCCAGAGGCGUCAAUGAUCUGCGCCGAGUCGGCUUCCACGAUUCUGACCACGCUCGAAACGAUGGCUGCCCGAGAUCUGAUUCGCAAGUGUCAGCUCUACUUCUCGACAGCGCUGUAUGCUGCUGCGAUUCAGUUUGCGCAGGAAGUACGAUCGGCUCUGCAGGCGGGCUCGAAGAUUCGUGCAGUAUCAGCUCGUGCUCAGCUUGAAAGAACGCUGCAUCCGGCACAGUUGCUGGCUAACUACUGGCCCAACGCGAAGGCUUUGUACAAGCUCUGCAUCAGUCUGAGUAAUAGAUGUCUGAAUAUGAUACACGGGAUUGCUGCCGAAGCCUCGAGCGUUCCAACAAAUGCAAUCAAUGACUUGACCUGGCGAGAUAUCAUGGGCGGUUCUGGGUGGCCGGAAUUUGAUGUCAACUUUGAUGCUGGGGAAUGGAUGAACAUAUCUUGAGAGAAAGCGCCUCAAAGCUUCGCGGCAUUAUCAAGGGCAAGCAGAACUUCUUGGGCGCCCCUCUCUCCCGAUCGGACUGCGCCUUCCAUGUACCCUGUACAUAGCUAGUCAGCAUCGUCCCCAUCGAGCGCACUGAGACGACUUACCUUUCCA